AUGCAUGAAGAAGUAAAGAAGAAGGAACUUCCUCGUGAUCUCACUCCAUGUAACGAACCAUUUGAAAACCCCAACGCCUGUUCAGAAAUCGGGAAUGCAUGUGCGCGUUCUUCUGAUCCUUCUCGCUUGGAGGCAAGGCAGCAGACUGUGUCUUCGAAACCCUUACGUCGGAAGGCAGCAGAUCUCGAGAUGGAUGCCCCGCAAUUGAAGCGCCCGCCUCACAUUUUUAAAACUGAUAUUCAAGAGAGCCUCCAAUGGCGAAUGGAGAACUCUGCGGGGAAGCGACAGGCGAGGGAAGAAGUUCUCUUCGUCCAUAAACCAACUCCUGCGCCAACUUAUUAUACUGCGAAGCACAAGACAAGCAAGCGGUGCUCGGACGACUUCGACUGCAUGCGAGUCUUGGGCCAGGUGUGCAACAUCGAGAAGCAAGGCUCGACGGGAACCUGUCAGUGCCCCGACAGCACACCUGUUCAUGUAGUGGAGCACGACCAGCCAAGAUGUGUCUCUGCUCGCCUGAUCUUUGAAGACUGCGCGGACACCGCCGAAUGUGCGUUCCUCAACCCUUAUGUGGAAUGUGUGAACCAGAUCUGCACCUGCUCGCCACCGAACGUUAUGAAAAGGAAGGACCUGUGCAUCCCAGCUUCAGCAUCCAAUACUACUUCCCCGGCGGCCAACGUGUUCGCCAUACUUCUCAUGAGCAUCGGAGCUAUCGGAGGCAUUGUAGCUCUUGUGGCCAGGAUCAUAAUUGGCAAAGAAGGUCGACACCAAGAUAGCGACGAAGAGCCACAUGGUAGUUAUCGGAGGCAACGCCACACGGAUGAUCCUCCGAUGGUCCUGUUAAGCAAAGGCAUCAAGCGCAUUUUCAAUGACUGCAAAGAUAAGAUACAAGAUAUGGUACUUCGAAAGCCCGUGCUCUCUCCGCAGAUGCAAAGUCUAAUCGAAAUCCGGCCUACCAGGCCUACCAGAACCUCCCAUGAGAGCACGGUUGUGGUCGACGUCCACGUGCCAUACGAACCGUUGGACUUUGAGGACAUAGCUUCGUUGGAAUCUGACCUUCGCAGAGCAACGCGACUGCUUUCUCAAGAAACGUCUCCAACAACAGCAAAUACUUCACUUAGAGUGACAACGUCACACAGGGCGAAGAUUUCUGAGAAAUCAGUCGAACCAUUGCAACAGACCUCCCCAGUUACCACUCCAAACAUGGCGACAUCUAUGGAUUCUCAACAGCAAGCUGGCGAUGUUGUUGUGCCGCAUAUUGAACACGCCGAAGUGAAUGCGGACCACCAAUCGCAAAGCACGGAGACGUCGAGAAAAAGGCGAGAUUUCAACUUGAACACGGACCUAGAACACCUUAUGAGAAUAGUUAUAGACCAGCUCUCAAACCCGCAAAGCAGCCAGCUGGGUCCGCAGAAUCGAAGGGAGACGAAUGCAGAGUAG